AUGAGAGUCGAAAAAGAAAAAUCACGCUGGGGAACAGCUUCGUGUCCAACAGUUGUCCAAGCUCCCACUGUUAUUUCUAUGGUUGGUUUACCAGCCCGAGGAAAGACAUAUAUCUCAAAGAAACUGACACGUUAUCUUAACUGGAUUGGAAUCAAGACUAAAGUCUUCAAUGUAGGUGAAUACAGAAGAGCUGCAACAGAUAAAUAUAAGAGCCAUGAUUUUUUUCGCCCAGACAAUAAAGAAGCUCUUGAAAUAAGACAAAAAUGUGCUCUGCUUGCCAUUGAAGAUGCUCAAGCCUUCUUAAAAAAUGGUGGAGAGGUUGCGGUUGUAGAUGCUACAAAUACUACCAGAGACAGGCGCAAACUACUUGUGGAUAUUUUUACAGUUCAAAAUAAUUUUAAAUUAUUUUUUGUUGAAUCUAUUUGUGAUGAUCCUUCAAUUAUUGAAGCCAAUAUUUUGGAGGUUAAAGUAUGCAGCCCUGAUUACAUUGGCAUGGACAAAAAUGAAGCUAUACAAGAUUUUAUGAAGAGAGUCGAGCAUUAUGCUCGAAACUAUGAAAAGUUAGAUUAUAACCAUGACCGUAAUAUGUCCUUUAUCCAGAUCUUCAAUCAAGGAGAAAGAUUUCUGGUUAACAAAUUAGCAGGGCAUCUACAGAGUCGUGUUGUUUAUUAUUUGAUGAAUAUUCAUGUUCUUCCCAGGACAAUAUACCUCACACGGCAUGGAGAAAGUAUAAUGAAUUUACAAGGUAGAAUUGGAGGAGACAGUGACCUUUCAGAACGAGGAUGGCAGUAUGCUAAAGCAUUAGCAAAGUUUGUGGAAAGUGAAAACAUUCAAGAUCUGAAAGUUUGGACAAGUGAAAUGAAAAGGACAAAACAGACAGCAAAAUUCAUCAAAGCACCCACAGAACAUUGGAAAGCUCUUAAUGAAAUAGAUGCAGGUAUCUGUGAAUCAAUGACAUAUGAAGAGAUUCAUGAAAAACAUCCAGAUGAAUUUGCUUUGAGAGAUCAGGACAAGUUUCAUUACAGAUAUCCAGGUGGAGAGUCUUAUCAAGAUUUGGUUGGACGUCUUGAACCAGUUAUUAUGGUAAGUUAA